AAAUUUUUUGAAUUUUUAAUUGUCAGUUACAUUUACACUUAGACAUUUUAUUACCAUUGAAAGAUGGCGCUAAUAUUGAUUAGUGAAAAUGAAGUAUAUAAAAAAGAUAAGACUUAGGACGCUUAGGUCAUAGUCAAAAGUUGUUAUAUUUUUCAUCUGAAUAAUCCGUAACAUAGAGUAAUAUUUACUCAGUAUAUAUUAUACUAUAAUACUAAACUAUUGAUACAUGAAUAUACUCAACUAAUUUAAAAAUAAAUUUAAUUGAAAAAAUUGAAAUUGAGUUUCAAGUAUUUAUUGUUAUCAAACAAAAUGGAAAUUUUAGGUUAUUCCAAUUCCCAAAAGCAUCGAAUAGUUUAUAAAUGGAAAAUUAAUGAAAUAAUUCCAUUUAUUGAAUCUACUAAAAAGGAUGAAGAAAUAGUAAAGCUCAGAUCGUCUAACUUUACAACAAACGGCAAACCUGAAAAUUCAUGGUACUUAGAACUGCAACUAUUAAGAGAAAAGGGAUGGAUAUCACUAUACUUGCAUCAAAAUAAUAAGGAAAAUAAAGUAAGAUCAAAGUUUGAAUUAUUUAUUUUAGACGGCAAAAAUGAAAAGAAAUUUCUCAAAACUGCCUAUGAAAAUAGCAACUUCAGUAAAGGACAUGGAUUUUCAAAAUUUCUUGAAACCAAACGGUUAUUGGAAAAUCAAGAUGAUUUAUCACCGAAUGAAACUCUUACGAUAUGUGUUGAACUAACUAUUUAUGACAAUUAUGAAUCACUUACUACUGAAUAUCCAUUGCAAACACCACAUCGUCAAAUAACUGAUGACCUUAAAGAACUCUAUGAUAGUAAAAUGAACAGUGACGUUAUUUUAGUUGUGGGUGAUACAAUAUAUACAGCUCACAAGCUCAUACUGUCAGCUCGCAGUCCUGUAUUUCUCGCAAUGUUCACUCAUGAAAUGAAAGAAAAGAAGGAAAAUACUGUAACUAUUCCUGACAUAGAUCCGGAAAUAUUUGAAAAAAUUUUAGAAUUUAUAUAUACUGACAGUAUCAAUGAUUUGGAUGCGGAUGCUGAGUGUUUAUUAGAAUCGGCUAAUAAAUAUCAAUUGCUGAAGCUAAAAAGUUUAUGCGAAGAAUCGUUAUCGAAAUCAUGCAGUAUUGAUAAUGCAAUUAAACUGAUGAUUUUAGCAGAUCUGUAUGAUGCUAAUCAAUUAUUCGAAUAUGUACUUGAAUUCAUAAUAAAAAGUAUCAAAGAUGUUAUUAAAACGCCAGAGUAUGGAGUACUGGAAGAAUCUUAUCCAUUACUAUUUUCAAAAUUAAUUAAAAAAUUAGUUACUUCAAUAACGUUUAACGAUUCAACAGAUGAAAAAUAAUUGGGAUAUUGUCCACAAAGUACUCAAUUAAUAAGAGAACGGCAUUUGAGUGGAAUGUUUACCUAAAAUAUUUGGGUAUUAUGAUUUGAAAACUACGAAUAAUUAUUUUGCAAAUCUAAUAAUAGUUAUUAUUAGAAAGUAAAGUGUAAAUACAUAAGAUAUUUACUGUUUCUUAAUAUACUAUUUUUAGAUUAACGAUAAAAAUAUAAAUUACAGUACAAAUAUAUUUUAAUUUUUUUCGAUACUAAGUAAUGAUUGAUUUAUAUCAAGUAAAAUUUUUAUAUUUUUAUAUUAGUGUUUAAUGUAAGCGCAAGAAAUUCCUCAGUGAUGAUUGUGGACCGGUAGAAAUUUUUAUACUUUCUUAUCUUUUUUCUUCAAUAAAUAUUUUCUAUCAGA